AUGGAGAGUUACCUGAAAGACUACGUUAUUGGCAGAGGAGCCUACGGAACCGUGUACAAAGUCAAGUGUCUGAGAACUGGAAAAGCGUUUGCCUUGAAAUAUCACACUCGCGGCGUAGAUGAUUCAACCGUGAGAGAACUCUCCUGUCUCGCUGCACUAAGGGGUCACCCCUAUGUGAUCCAUAUGCACGAUUGCUUCUUAGACAAUGGGAAGAUAGCCAUGCUCAUGCCCUAUGUGCCCUACACGGUGAGUAAAGUGAUAAAGUGAAUGGACACAGUCUGAAAUUCUACUACGAUCAAGGCCGGGCGCUACAGUUGAUCCCGUUGAGUUUUGUGGCUCACUUUUCGGUCCAGGUGGCUACUGCUUUGUCUUACAUGCACAGACUGAAUAUAGUGCACCGGGACCUGACUCCUUCCAACGUGCUGCUGACAGAAGAUCUCACUGUCAAAGUGGCGGACAUGGGCCUCUCUAGACAAUCCUCGAAAUGGAUGAGUCCAACUGUGGUCACGGAGCCCUACAGGGCCCCGGAAUUGUUUGUUAAAGGUGACUGUGCAGAGUACACCUGUGCCAUAGACAUGUGGAGCCUAGGGGUGAUGAUAGCGGAAGCUAUGGAAGGUAAGGUGGUAUUCUUAGCGCGUAAAAAUCGCUGUGAGACGGUGUCCACGUACCAGAUCAUUGUAAGGACUCGAUGUCCCAAAAACCACCCCCGUGUAUCAAUCACACCCUGGGACCAUGACACCAUAAUGCCCAACGUGAUGGAGUGUGAACUAGUGAAAAGGAUCAUCUUCCGAUUCCUGGCUUUCCGUGAGACCGAGAGACUUCUGGCUCACAAGCUGCUGCAGGACACAGAAUGGAUGCAGGUUGCUAAUAUGACCGGGGAAGACAAAGUUAUGGUCAGAGACCAGAUUCAGCGACAGAAAUUGAGAGACUGA